UCUGGGGACUCCACCCUAGAGCACUAUAGGCCUUGGAGAUAAACUCAUCCCAUCCCCAGUCACUCGAUUGUAAAUCCAUUGCAGCAGUGACUCAGGAAUUAAUGUAGCUGAGGGGUUAGGGGCCAAUAACCUCAAAGUGGGGGUCUGCUGGAAUCAAGUCGAUAAUGAGACUGUCCAAAGCUUUGAUAGACAUGGAUAUGGCGGAUUAUACAGAAGCAUUGGAUCCUGCUUAUACCACCCUGGAGUUUGAAAAUAUGCAAGUUUUGUCUAUUGGAAAUGAUACAUCCCCCUCAGAUGUGACAAGUCUCAAUGCCUCAAACAGUAUCGGAGUUAACUCUCUGUGUGCCAUUUGUGGUGACCGAGCGACUGGCAAACACUAUGGGGCGUCCAGCUGUGACGGCUGCAAGGGCUUCUUCAGGAGGAGUGUUAGGAAAAACCACAUGUACUCAUGCAGGUUCAGCAGACAGUGUGUUGUGGAUAAGGACAAGAGAAACCAGUGUCGUUACUGCCGGCUGAAAAAGUGCUUCAGGGCUGGAAUGAAGAAAGAAGCCGUACAGAAUGAGCGGGACAGGAUAAGUACAAGGAGGUCGAGUUAUGAGGACAGCAGUUUACCAUCCAUUAAUGUCUUAAUUCAAGCAGAAGUUCUUUCCCAACAGAUAACCUCCUCAGUGGGGUUGUUGAACACAGACAUAAGAGGCAAGAAGAUCGCCUGCAUCACAGACGUGUGUGAGUCCAUGAAACAGCAGCUGCUGGUUUUGGUGGAGUGGGCAAAGUAUAUUCCGGCUUUCUGCGAGCUUCCACUGGAUGACCAGGUGGCUCUGUUACGGGCGCACGCAGGGGAACACUUGCUUCUUGGCGCUACAAAGAGGUCAAUGAUGUAUAAAGACAUUUUGCUUCUUGGAAAUGACCGAGUCAUUCCUCGGAAUUGUCCAGAACUCGAAGUGGGCCGGGUGGCAGUGAGGAUUCUGGAUGAACUGGUUCUUCCCUUCCAAGAGCUUCAAAUCGAUGACAACGAAUACGCGUGCCUGAAGGCCAUCAUAUUUUUUGACCCUGAUGCCAAAGGUUUGAGCGAUCCAACCAAGAUCAAGAGAAUGAGGUACCAGGUGCAGGUCAGCCUGGAGGAUUACAUCAAUGAUCGGCAGUAUGACUCGAGAGGAAGAUUUGGGGAGCUCCUUCUCCUGCUUCCUACGCUACAGAGCAUCACUUGGCAGAUGAUCGAGCAAAUCCAAUUUGUUAAGCUCUUUGGGAUGGCCAAGAUUGACAACCUGCUGCAGGAGAUGCUCCUUGGUGGUUCUGCGAAUGAAGCGCCACACACCCAUCACCCUUUGCACCCACAUCUGGUUCAAGAUCAUCUAGCAACCAAUGUUAUUGUAGCCAACAACACUCUGCCGGCCCAACUUCAUAAUGGACAGAUGUCUACCCCAGAGACUCCCCAACCUUCCCCACCUGCGGGCUCAGGGGCAGAGCAGUACAAAAUCGUACACGGAGCCAUUGCAUCUGUCAACAAACAGCCAACCUCCAUUCCACAAUCGACCAUCACCAAGCAGGAAGCCAUGUAGGAAACGGUCAUUGUCCAUAUGGAAAG